CAGUUACCUGUUACAAUGGUUAUUCUGUCAGUCCCAGAGAUUCUGUCAAAGAAGCGACAAGGGGAUGAGCUACAAGAUGGGGAACUGGAGUAUUUUAUUGAGUGUGUCUGUAAUGAAGAAAUCGAUAGAAGUCAGAUUGGUGCAAUGCUGAUGGCGUUUUGUCUGCAAGGUCUGACUACUAAAGAGACCGUAACGUUAACCAAGUCUAUGAUGAACAGUGGGACGGUUCAACAGUGGGACCCCUCCUGGAAGAUGGUGGACAAACACAGCACUGGCGGGGUGGGAGAUAAAGUAACCUUCCCGCUAGUGGCAGCGGUUCCACUGUUCGGGCUCAAGAUGCCCAUGGUAUCUGGCAGGGGACUAGGACACACUGGCGGAACUGCUGAUAAACUUGAGUCUAUACCAGGUUUUAAGAUAUCCCUAACGGAGGAACACAUGAUGAGGACACUAAGAGAUGUGGGGUGUUAUGUGACUACCCAGUUUGGGAACAUUGCUCCUGCUGAUAAGAUCCUCUACUCUAUCAGAGACAUCACCUCCACUGUAUGUUACGCUCCUUUAAGUUGCUCAAGUAUCAUGAGCAAAAAGCUUGCGGAGGGACUGGGGAGUCUUGUGCUGGAUGUAAAGUCAGGAGUAGCCUCAACAACAGACAGUCACGAGCAGGCAGAGUGGCUAGCCCGGAUGAUGGUGGAUAUAGGGCACGGUAUGGGAGUCAACACAACUGCAGUGCUGACGGAGAUGAACACUCCUAUCGGCUACACUAUCGGCAACUCACUGGAGAUGAUUGAGUCGUUAGAGUGCAUGAAAGGGAACGGACCAGCUGAUCUGGAAAUUAUAGUGGCAGUCCAGGGAGCUAUACUCCUCUGUGACGCAGGCAUUGCUUCUACUCAGGAACAAGGAGAAAAAAUGAUCUUGCAAACGUUCAGAGACGGAACAGCCCUUGAAAAAUUCCUUCAAAUCUUAGGAAACCAAGGAGUGGAAAAAGGAACGUUAGAAUUGUUGAGGAAAGGAGAGUAUGAUCAAGUGUUUGAAAAGCCAAAAUUCGUCGAAAACAUCAUAGCUCAACAGCCAGGGUUUAUAGAAGCUGUGAACGCGAUGUCGCUGGGAACAGCUACUGUGCUACUGGGUGGAGGGAGGCAGCUAGCGGGGGAUAAGAUAGACCCUGCUGUGGGGAUAAAACUAAUCCGAUCCAAAGGAGAUCAGGUCGAACGCGGAGAUAUUUUAGCUGAGAUCCACCACAAUGGCAAGCUAUCCAAAAUGUUGAGAACUAGGAUUGAAGAAGCUUUUCUUAUCGGUGAAAGCAAGUCUCCAAUAAGACGAGUCAUUGCAAUUGUGAAGCCCGAUGUUCCUACUGUUGAUUACGAAGUUUACAGGAAUCAGCACUGACCAAAGAAUUACUGAAUACUGCGUUUGAGUUUUGAGAAAACGUUAAUGCUUUAUUUCGGACAAUUUAAUUUUACGCCUCAAGGGCUCAUAUUGCUAUCAGACUGAGAUUUAAUAAUAUUAAACUUACGGACUAUAAGUAUAAAGACUUCACACCAUGACAUAAUCUGAAAUUUUUACUUUUAUUUUUGGUGAUUGUUUGUUUCAGCCUUUAAAAUGUCUAAGUAUUUUCUAAAUUAUUUACUGAAUACUUUUUGGCUAUGAAGUUUUCCUAUAAUCUUUAUCCGUAUAAAUAUUGAUAAUGAAACGAAACUUUAGGACAAAGUAACCGAAAAUAUCAUUCAUUAGCACUUUCCCGAAA